AUGUCUAUAAAUUUCUUUCGUAAUUUAAUGGCAGAACCUUCUGCACCACCGAUAUCGCAAGUUUCAGUGAUGAAUGUCGAUCAACUAAAUGCGCAACAAUUACCAAGGCAGCCUCAGCCGCCAUAUUAUCCUGCACAAUCACAAUUACCCGUUCCACCAACAAUGGCGGAAGUUCAACCUCCGCCUCCAGGAUUGCCUCCACGUCCUGUAGAUUUUAGUACUCAACAAAGUUACGAUCUGGCCCCUCCUCCACCAUUUCGUGCUGCUGAGGGAUCUACUACCAAAACCGAUAUUACAACUCCACCACCAAUCUCUACCCAAGUUCCCAUACCAAAAAAGCCUCCACAAAUGAAAAAAUCUACUCAGCCUCUUCAUUUACUUCUUCUAGAAUGUUGUAAAGAGUAUAUCACUGGAAAUCUGACGACAAAAUCUGAAGAAGAUGUUAAAGAGUUAUUAAACGAUCGAAAGAAAUUACAUGCUGAUUUACAGCUCUAUUGUACCGAUGUUAUUCUAACAUCUGCAAGAGAUCGAAUUUUGAACGAAUUAGAUGACGUAAGAGCAGUAACCAACCCUAGUUCAGAUGAAGUGACGCAAGAUGCCCCCUCUGCUGAAGAGAAAGAGAAUGAUACUAAUAAACCACCAUCCGAACCUCUUACGCAGGUUUUUCGCUUGUGGGAUCAGAUCAAUAAAAAUGAUGUUAUGGAUAAUCUCCAUACUACACACAUGGACCAAUCUCGUAAUAGAGGUAGAGGUCAGAAUCGUGGCGGAUACUGGCCACGUGGUACUCCAAGACAUGCUCCUUAUCAAAAUCAAGCUCAAGGUCAACGUAGACGAGACUGGGGUGGACGUGAUGACAGAGAUUAUAGAGAACGACGUGGAGAUGAACAUUAUAAUAGAGAUCGUCGUGAUGAAUAUCCUCGUAGGGAUUAUGAUCGUAGACAAGACUUUCGUGGUCCUAAUCCUUCCCCAGCUUUUAAUCGUGAAAGACAGCAACAGAUGGGUAGACGUGAUGAUUAUCAUAGAAAUUAUGAUGAUAGAAGAAGAGAUUCUUAUGAAAGGAGGCCUGAAGAUAAUAGGCAUCCUAGAGAUCAUCGAGGUCCACCAAUUCCUUUAACAAUAGCUACUCCUAAACCUUCUCCGUCGAUUUAUGAAGCUCCGCCAAUGCCUCCUAUGCCACCUACCGUUCCUAACCCAUCUAUUCAAUCUCCACAACCGGGAUAUGACUAUACUACAUAUUCAACCGAUCAACAAUAUUCUUCUGUUUACCCUGGUUAUUUUCCUCAAUAUCCUCAAGAAUCUUCAACAAAUGGCCAAACUUAUCAAUAUUCUACUGUAGCUACAUCGGCUGGCUGGGAAGCACAAACUAACCCAAUUCAGUCUGUCCCAAUGCAAUUAGCUUCUUUCAAUUGGAAUCAACCAGGGAGACAUACUGCAAUACCUUUACCAACUGAUUUUAUGUCUGGUCCUAGCAAUGCUCCUCGAUUAUCAAUGCCUGAACCACAUGAUGUGCUCGGUGUUAUUAAAGGUGUAAUUAUACGAGAUGCUCAAGGCAACAUUGGAUUAAGCCAAUAUCAAUUUAGCAGUUCCAUGUGA